UACCUUGUGCACAAUUCGACCUGAAACCGUUGGUGAGAAAGUGAAAGUAGAAGUGCACCCUCGAUCGCGGCUCCAUGUGGAAUUCGAUAAUCACGGUGAUAAAGAACUACAGAUAACCCUUCAUUCAUUUUUCAUAUUAGCUAACAUGUCUAAAAACUUUCCCGAUUUAACGUCUGUUUGUGAAUCAUCACAAUCCAGCGAAUUUCCAAAGAGCACGUCUGAUUGGAAUAGUCGUUUCAUAGACAAGCUAGGUGUGCGAUGUAAACAAUGUGACAUCUUUGAAAUUAUUGUGAACCAUUGGCGUUUGUUUACUUUAUUUGAGGAAGAUCACCUUGAAAUUGAAAGUUGUUUAAAAGCUUGUGAUUUUGAAACUCAUUACGGAUGUUUAGAAGACGUACCUGUGGAAAAGGCUUUCGCGCCAGAAUUUCAAUGGAAAUUGCGCUCACAAUCACAGGAGAACGAAAUUUUAAGAGAGCCUUUAGUUUCAAAAUGGUUUUUAGGUAAGUUGACAGAAAUCAACCGCUGUCUCUCCUCCAUUAUAUCACAAACCAAGUCUGAUGAAACUGAACAGAGGCUGAAAUACCUAGUCCUCUUUGAAAAGGUGCUGCAGGCAUUUGGUUUAAUGACUUUGAGUGAACCAUUCAUCAUCACACACAAAGUUCAGAUCCUUGGUAGAACAAUGACCUCUAAACCUGACAUUGUCUGUUGUCAAGACAAUUGGGAACAACGAACAGUUUGUGUUUGUCAGGUAAUUAAAUCUGUGACAUACGAAGGUGAUGAUUUUGACCCUCCUAAAAAGAAAAUCAGAGUUACCUCCAACCUAGAUGAGGAAAUAAUUCGCAAUGGUGAUCAAGUAGUUCCUUCACAACACAUAGGAGACCUCUUUGUGCAUCUAGACAAGUCACCAAUAUCGGAUAGAAUACUUGGCUUCAUCAUUGAAAAGACAUGGGUACAAUUAACUUUCCUCAAAGUUUAUCCCACAGCAAUGGAGAGAAUUCGGAAUACCCCUGUAAAUAUAGCUGGAUCUUUGAUAUUAAAUGAUGGAGAAUGCCCUCAACUUCACUACAGCAGGCGCUACAAUUUCUUAAAUCGACAAGAUCGCAAAGAUUUAUUCAAAGCUUUGCUGCUUAUUAAAAUAAUGAUAGUAAGGAGAGAAACAGCUAGGAAAAGAUAACAGAUUAUGGAUUACAAGGGUACAUUUGCAUAUCCUACUAAUAUGAUGUAAAAAUGUUUGCUUUGAAAUAUUGCUCUUUCGUUUUUCUUUUGUGAGUUGUGACUCAUCUAGACUUGAUCUGGUCAAACAGAAACUAGAUAACUGAGUGCAUAUACCAUGUACAUUUAAGAAAUAAAAUAUCUGUUUUAGAGUUUCAUUUGGGUAUGACAUGAAG